AUGGAGGAGAGGGACGACGCCCAAGCCACGCCGGCGGUCGAGGGGCCAGGGAAUGACUCAACUACACACACAACCAAUCCAUCAUCAUCCACGCCUACGGCUUACUCUGCGGGUGCGGCGGAAAAGGGGCAGCUGAAGAUUGACACCUUUGUGGAGGAGAAGUACGCCCCCUACCUGCGAGAGUACACCGUGCUCAUUGAAUAUAAGCAACUGCCGCAGCACGUGCCUAGUGGCGUGUUUGUGCUGCCUUCUCUCCAGAGCCUCUUCGAGUGGCACGGGGUCAUGUUCAUACGUCAGGGCCUCUACAAGAAAGGGGUCUUCAAGUUCGUGCUGUCCAUCCCCGAAGCCUAUCCCGAUGCCGCGCCCACGCUGAGAUUCGUGACUCCCGUGUUCCAUCCCCUCGUUUCCGCCCAAGGCGAAGUGGACCUCACGCGAGCGUUUCCCCGGUGGGUGGCCUACCGGGACCAGAUCUGGUGUGUGCUGGCCCAUGUGAAGAAACUCUUCUAUCACAUACAAGCCGACAACCCCCUCAACGCGGACGCUGCAGCCAAGUUUCUGGCCGCGGAUGCCUCCGAAUUCGAGCAGAGCGCGGUCAAGUGUGUGGAGGACUCGCUGAAGGACGUGUACAUAAACCCAACGGACAGCAGCCUUCGCUUCGCGGAGUGGAACCAACACUUUGAGAACCUGCGGAACUACAUUUUGGAGAAGGAAGACGAGAACGAGGGCAUCAUUUCGUGGGUGUCCAAGGGAGUGUCUAAGAUCAUCAAUAUUAGAUAUUGA